AAAAAAAUAGUUUCAUAAUUUCGAAUUGUAGGUAAUUGCGUCUGUUUCUGUGAGCCGAUACAUUUGAAGAAUAUGCCGCAGAGCGUGAUGACCUCCAGUGGACGAGGUUCCGGGGUAUCCCGCUAUCGCACACGUGCUCUUACGUCUCAAGUGGACGAGCUGCUCUUCGGAACGCCUAAAAAGCAUGCCUGUGACACCCAGGAUUCUAACAAAUGGGGCUGUUCAGGGCCCAAGGACCUGUCCAAGUCAUUGCCUGCUCAUAAAAAACCGAAAGGAGAGACCGUUCGCAUCAUUACCAAAGACCUUAUCCGUGACCUCAAAAUUCCAAGUCAUGAUCCAUCUGGGCUGAGCCUCAUCCUCCCCAAAUCUGAUUCGGAUCGGAUCACGGAGCGGGCCCGCCUCCGCACUGUUGAGGAGAGGGAGGCCGAGCUGGAUGCACAUCACAAGGAGAGAAAGGCGGUAAUGGACGCUGUGGAGGAACGGAAGUCGAAGAUCCGGCAGGCAGACAUAUUACGCAAAAAGAACCAGGGCCUGAAUGACCUGGAGGCAGAAGCCCGGGACAAAGCCCAGUACCUGCUGGAGAAAGCCAACAGCAUGAGAAUGGAACAGGAGGACGAGAUCAAGAAGCUCAAUGAGGUGAUCCUUGGCGCGCAGUGCCACGCGGUCCAGGAUGCUCAGAUCCUGGAGAAGCGACAGAUCCUGGCGGAGCUGCAUGAGGAGGAGCGGCGCCUGGAUGCCAUGAUGGAGGUGGACCGCCGCAAGGCCUUGGAGGCACAGGAGCAGAUCGAGCAGCUGCGUAAACAGAAGAGGAUCCAAGGGAAAAUGCAUAUCCAGGAGCAAAUUGAGGAACGUCUGGAGGAGAGACGGCUGCAGGAUGAGAUAAAGGAGCAAGAGAAGCAGAAGCUGCUGGAAAACCUGGAGAAGAUCCGUGAAGAAGAGUUCAAGGCUCUGGCCAAGAAGAAGGAGGAGCAGAGGCAGCUGCACCUGGAGGUUCUGAAGAUGAACAAGGAGAUCCAGCGAGGCAAGGAGCGCAAGAAGGAGGAGGAGUGGCUGGCUGACCUCCGCAUCAGGGAGUACGCCCUCCAGAAGAUGGAACAGGAGGCGGAGUAUGAGCAGGAGCAGAGGCGGAUUAAGAAGGAGAAGGACCUAGAGGUGGCACGACUGAGGUCCCUUCAGGAGAGAGACAUAGACUACAAGGCAGAGCAGGAUGAGCUGUUGGCCCGCAGGAACCAGGAGGCGGCGGAAAGGGAGUGGAGGCGGAAGGAGAGGGAGCAGGCCAGGAAGAAGGUGGAGGAGGAGGACAGGCUGAAGGCUGCUCGGCUGGAGCAGGUUGCUCAUAAAGAGCACCUCCUCUCCAUUGAAGCUGGACGUGAGAGGGCCGAGUUUGAGAGGGUGCUGAGGGCCCAGCAGAAGGGCAUUGCCCAGGAGAAGGAGCGUGAACAGAGGCAGAGGCAGCGCUUGUUCCAGCACGCUGACGGCUUGCGGCAGCAGAUGAGGGAGCGUGAGGCACAGGCCAUCGAGCAGCGCAGGGCAGAUGUCCAGGAGCACGAGCAUCUCCGUGAGGAGGUGCGCAUCCGCCGGGCGCGCCUCAAUGAGAUCAAGGUCAAGAAGCUGAUGGAGCUGAAGAUGGCUGGACUCCCUGACAAAUACUGCAACGAGGUGGAGAGAAAGUGUCAUACUUUACCAGCUCUGGCCAGCUCUCAGGAGUAGACAUGCUGAAAACGUGUCAACUUAUUUGGCCAGCUGACUGCUUUUUGAUCAAAGGAAGUUCAGCUGAGUUCAUCUAACCCUGGAACUCACCUGAGAGAAGCAAAUGCAGGAACACAGUCGUGACCCCGAUGACCCCAAUGCACUGACAUA